AGGAGCGUUCCAUUCGGCCAGCGGUGGGCGGUUGCCACAGCUGGUUUAGGGCCCCGACUAUUGGGGCCCCUUGUCAGGAGGAGGCAGCCUCCGGGCUGGGGAGGAGAAGUCGCUGCCACCUCUGGCAGCUGACGCGGUCCCCUGGGAAGGUGCACUUCCUGCCCUCAGUUCCCGGCCGAGUUCGGUCUCCCGGGUUCAGGGCCCGGCUCCCCUUCCUGGUCUCUCUUCUCCCGCUGGGCCGGUUUAUCUGGAGGAGAUUGUUUUCCAGGGCUAGAAAUUGGACUUUUGAUGAUGUUUGACCCCGCGGCAGCAAUAGCAGGCAUCGUGAUAUCAAAGCUGGGCUCAGCUUCUGUUUCUUCCCUCUUGUAAUCACAAAGCCCAUUUUGGACCAGGAAUUCCAAUCAUGUCUGUGAUGGUGGUGAGAAAGAAGGUGACACGGAAGUGGGAGAAACUCCCAGGCAGGAACACCUUCUGCUGUGAUGGGCGAGUCAUGAUGGCCCGGCAAAAGGGCAUCUUCUAUUUGACCCUCUUCCUCAUCCUGGGGACAUGUACACUCUUCUUCGCCUUCGAAUGUCGCUACCUGGCUGUCCAGCUCUCUCCUGCCAUCCCUGUGUUUGCUGCCAUGCUCUUCCUUUUCUCCAUGGCUACACUGUUGAGGACCAGCUUCAGUGACCCUGGAGUGAUCCCUCGGGCCCUACCAGAUGAAGCAGCUUUCAUAGAAAUGGAGAUAGAAGCUACCAAUGGUGCAGUGCCCCAGGGCCAGCGACCACCUCCUCGUAUCAAGAAUUUCCAGAUCAACAACCAGAUUGUAAAGCUGAAAUACUGUUAUACAUGCAAGAUCUUCCGACCUCCCCGGGCCUCCCAUUGCAGCAUCUGUGACAACUGUGUGGAGCGCUUUGACCAUCACUGCCCCUGGGUGGGGAAUUGUGUUGGAAAGAGGAACUACCGCUACUUCUACCUCUUUAUCCUAUCUCUCUCCCUCCUCACGAUUUAUGUCUUCGCCUUCAACAUCGUCUAUGUGGCUCUCAAAUCCUUGAAAAUUGGCUUCCUGGAGACGUUGAAAGAAACUCCUGGAACUGUCCUAGAAGUGCUCAUUUGCUUCUUCACACUGUGGUCCGUCGUGGGACUGACUGGAUUUCACACUUUCCUCGUGGCUCUCAACCAGACAACAAAUGAAGACAUCAAAGGCUCAUGGACAGGGAAGAAUCGCGUUCAGAAUCCCUAUAGCCAUGGCAACAUUGUGAAGAACUGCUGUGAAGUGCUGUGUGGCCCCUUGCCCCCCAGUGUGCUGGACCGAAGGGGUAUUUUGCCACUGGAGGAAAGUGGAAGUCGACCUCCCAGUACUCAAGAGACCAGUAGCAGCCUUUUGCCACAGAGCCCAGCCCCAACAGAACAUCUGAGCCCAAAUGAGAUGCCGGAGGACACCAGCACUCCUGAAGAGAUGCCACCCCCAGAGCCCCCAGAGCCACCACAGGAGGUGACUGAAGCUGAGAAGUAGCCUAUCUAUGGAAGAGACUUUUGUUUGUGUUUAAUUAGGACUGUGAGAGAUUUAAGGGGAGAAGAUAAACCUGAGACAGAGAGCAAGUGAGCUGUCCCUUUUACUGUUUUCGUUUGGUCUUUAUUCACCCAACUGCACACUGGCAUUUUCUUGCUGCAAGCUUUUUUUAAUUUCUGGACUCAAGGCAGUCACAGAAGAUGUCAGUCACCUCUGGUAACUGGACAAAUGGGUCUCUUGGGCCCUGGCACUGGCUUUCCAUGGCCUCAGCCACGGAGUCUCCUUGGACUCCCUUGUCUUUCCUCCAGAUCCCAGCUUUCCUGCUUGGGAUCAUUGGUCCAAUUCUGGGGUUAAAGGUUCUUGAGACUGGCUCAAAUCCUUUCAAGCUGCUGCAUGUCAUGAGUCCAGAGACAGUCACAGAGAACCCUGACCAGGGAAUCCUAAUUAGAUUCUUGGGGCCUUCAGAAUUGAAGAGGCUAGAGAGUGGGCGUGGAGGAUUCUCCUGGCUACAAAGUGCCAACAUUGCCAGCAAAUCCUUUCAGGAACGGGGCAGGUAACUUCCACUUGUAUUUAUUCAUGUAGCUUCUCCUUUGUCUCCUGCCCACUCUCUAACACCCAGGCCCCACUCUUCCAGUUAGAUAUAUGUAAGUAGUUACUGUAGAGAUAACAAUUCAUAUUUCUUGUAGACUGUCCGGAAACUUUUUAAUACCUGUGCCAUUCUUAGUAAGAAUUUAUGAGAUGCCAAUGGCAUGGCCCCUCGCACUCUUUGUCUCAUCUCUCCUCCUUUCUCGUUAGCCCCUUUUGUUUUCCUUUUGACUCCUGCUCCCACUAGGAGCAGGAACGGCAGUAAUAAAAGUCUGCACUUUGGUGGUUCCUUUUCCUCAAAGGAAGCCUGAGUGCUCGCUUAAACACUACCCCCUCAGACUCCCUGUGUGAGGCCUGUAGAGGCCCUGAAUGCACAAAUGGGGAAACCAAGGCACAGAGAGGCUCUCCUCUCCUCUCCUCUCCCCCUAUGUCCCCUCAAAAAAGAAAAAAAAAAGAAUAACCAGUACUUCCAUUAGGCCUCGGCUGAGUGAGGAGGGAAAGCCCAGCACUGCUGCCCUCCAGGGUAAACCCACUCCAAGGCCUUGGCCCACCUCGGGCUUGGUAACCACACGGGGGCUUCCUCCAAGCCCCACUCUUCCAGCACUUCCACCGGCAGAGUCCCAGAGCCGCUUCAUCCUGGGGGUGGGCCAUGGCCCCCAGUCAGCUCUGCUCAGGACCUGCUCUAUUUCAGGGAAGAAGAUUUAUGUAUUAUAUGUGGCUAUAUUUCCUAAAGCACCUGUGUUUUUCUCUUUCUAAGCCAGGGUCCUGUCUGGAUGACUUACGGGGAGGGGGGGAAGUGUAAACCAGAACUUUUAAUCUAUUUGAAGGUGAUUAAACUGUGUCUAAUGCAAA